AUGAUUCAGAUAAUCAAAGUAGAUCUGAAGGAUGGAACAAGCAAAGUGUGGUCCAUGGACAAUGAUUCCCAAAUAUGUGCUGAACCAAUUCUAGUCAACAAGCCGAACUAUGAGAAAGAAGAUGAUGGCAUACUGCUUGUUCCUGUAAUGACUACGAUGGAAAAGGAUACCCCUUACGUGGCUAUGAUCGACGCCGAAACGUUAGAAGAAAUGGGCCGUUUCCUUAUUCAACAAUCAAGAAUUCCAUUUGGAUUCCACUCCCAUUACACUCCACGCUAG